AUGGCAAGAUUCAGGUGGAUAAUUCAAUGGCAAGAUUCCGGUGGAAUAUUCAAUGGCAAGAUUCAGGUAGAAAACUCAAUGGGAAGAUUCAGGUGGAAAAUUCAAUGGCAAGAUUCCGGUGGAAUAUUCAAUGGCAAGAUUCAGGUAGAAAACUCAAUGGGAAGAUUCAGGUGGAAAAUUCAAUGGCAAGAUUCAGGUGGAAAAUUCAAUGGCAAGAUUCAGGUGGAAAAUUCAAUGGCAAGAUACAGGUACAAAAUUCAAUGGCAAGAUUCAGGUGGAAAAUUCAAUUGCAAGAUUCAGGUGGAAAAUUCAAUGGCAAGAUUCAGGUGGAACAUUCAAUGCGAAGAUUCAGGUGGAAAAUUCAAUAGUAAGAUUCAGGUGGAAAAUUCAACGUCAAGAUUCAG